GCACUGAAAUUACGGCCAAAAUGCCACUCCCCGACCCAACAGACCCGAGCGCAACUCCUUCCUCCUGUCCUGUGCCCGCAAACUCCUUUCGUCCCCAACCUUCCUUCUGCUAGGGUUGGCGCCGCCAGGCUGCUCCCCGCCGCCGCUGCUCACCACGGAAGCCCCUCCCCAAGUCCUUCCCCGCCCGACCCGAGCUCCAACGCGAACCGCCCCGACCCGGCCGGCCCUCCCUUCCCUCCGCCCGGAAGCAGGCCGCCACCACCGCGCCCAGCUGCCCCGUCUCCUCUGCGGCCAGCCACCACCGCGCCCGCUGCUGGUUGGAAGGAUGAGGAAGGGACUACAUCCUCAGAUGCAGUGGAUCUCAUACGUGACGCAGAGCGGCAGGCUGAUCAACAUCAUGAUGACCAAGGUGAACCACACCGGCAAAGUGUACCACAUGAGGGCGAAGCGGCAGAUGGCUCAGAGCCUGGGGCAGAUCGCCAAGUUCAAACGCCGAUACGAGCAGGACGCGCCGGAGGAGAACCAAGACAAGUAGGGCAUUGCUGUUUGCAAAGGAGAUAUACAUUCUCCUUAGCCUUAAGUUGCAUCGUCAGAUUUUAGUUAAUGAACUUUAUUCGUGGAAUUUUGUUUCCAUUCUCAGGGAUAAUGCUGUUUAAACCUCUGCAAGUUCGUGUCACUUGCAUGUUGGGAUUCUCAGAGCCAUAAAACAAAAGGAAAUUUUGAACCCAAUUAGUUUCUGUUUUGGCAUCAGUUAAUGGUUGGGCAUGACAACGUGUCUUUGAUUUA